AGAGAGAGAGAGAAUGAAAGGCAAAGAACAGAGAGAGAGAGAGAUAGAGAGAGAAGAGAGAGAGAGGAGAGAGAGAGAGAGAGAGAGAGAGAGAGACAGAGAGAG